UUGGUACCUGCAGCCAAAGCCCAAAGGUGAAACGCCAAUGCCAGCGCCAGCCGCUUCCUUUCAAGCUCUACUCUAGGAAACCAAAUACCAAAUUAUUUUAUUUAUAAGGAAAGAGAUUUUGGAUUCCAUUUUAUUACAAAUAAACAACGUUGGAUUCGAAGCAACUGCCACUCGAUCAUUGUUUGGUCACUACCAAAAUCAAAAAGAUUUUCUGUCUUUCUAUCUUAUUUUCCUCUCACUACGCUUAAUGGCAAGAACGAUUACGGAGCAUAAGAGCAAUAUCGACUAAUCUCAGGUGACCAACAGUUUUGGAAAUCUUUCAGUUAGGAAAUGUGAGAGAAUUAGAGGAUGUGGGGAUUGCUCAAGAAAAGGAUUGCGAGGAUCUUAGGAUUAAUGAAGUAGCUAUAGAUCGGAUGGAGUUCCUUUGGCGUACAAAUACAUGCUGCUGAAUGGGAGAGAAUAAGGGGGAAGUGCUUCUUAUGUAAAAGCUGGAGCUGUGUGAUUCUGCUGGUUGAUUUGGAAACUUUAAAUUUGACCAUAUGUUGUUUCUUCAUUGUUCCUCCAUAUCACUUUUUCUACUCAGACACAAAUAACUAAGGAUUUUUCGGUGUACAAGUAAGGUUCAAUCUCUGAAGGUAUUCUACCAAGUUUCUGUCGUAUUCAUAUGUUUAUUUGAUAGGUGAUAAAAGUCGGGUUGCCACUAUGAAUCGCAAUGAUGUUGGCUCUGCAACGAAAAAUGAGUGUAAAGGAAUCACACAGCCAUAUUACACCACCAUAUCCCCAAUUCAUGACUUUUUUAGUAUCGAGUCAGAAGGUCAAAGUUCUACAACAACUGAAUGUUCUUCAUGUCCAUCUCCUCUCAUACGAACAGAAUCUCUGAGUUCUCCAAAGAAUAUGCAAGCAUCUACCGUCCAACCUGUGAAGUAUAGUUUAAAAUCUGGACCAGAUAGUCCUCCUCCUGUUUUUCACGUUCAACAUUCUAAGAGUACAUUUCAACGCUGUUCGGUGUUCUGCACCAGUUUAUACCUUUCAUCAUCAUCAAGCUCUGAAACUAAUCGGCCGCUUGGAAAUUUGCCAUUUCUUCCACAUCCUCCCACGCACAGCCAGUCCGUGUCUGCUGUUGGUUCAACAAAAUCUCCCGCGCUUUUCAGUUGGGAUAUAAGUGGUUUUCAAGUCGAAAAGGAGACUUCAGAUGCUUUUGUGAAAGACUUCCUUAAUUUGCAUGGAAAUGCUUCUGAGGGUAGCUUUCAUGGUAUAACUAGUGCAAGCGACAAUUUGGCUCUUACAGAGCAAUUGGAGCUACAGUUUUUGUCUGAUGAACUUGACAUAGCCAUUACAGACCAUGGAGAAAAUCCCAGGGUUGAUGGACAUGUAAGGUUCAAGGAGGACACUAUAGAGGAAAUAUAUGAAACAUCUGAAUCAUACACAGCUAUGGGAUUGACAUGCAAUCAGAAUUUUGCCUCUGUAGCCCCAUCUGUUGAUGAUAAUUCAAGCCUCCCCUCUCCUGGGCCAGCUACCAUGCACAAGCCAAGAAUGAGAUGGACGCCUGAGCUUCAUGAGUGCUUUGUAGAGGCCGUCAACAAGCUUGGUGGAGCUGAAAUAGAGGCUACUCCAAAGGGGGUUCUAAAGCUGAUGAAUGUUGAAGGUUUGACCAUCUAUCAUGUGAAAAGCCAUUUACAGAAGUAUCGAAUUGCCAAGUAUUUGCCAGAGAGAAAAGAAGAGAAGAAGGUUUCAUGCUCAGAAGAAAAGAAUGCAGCACCCAGUUGCAUAGAAGUUGAUGGGCGAAGGAAAGGGACAAUUCAAAUAACUGAGGCACUGCGCAUGCAAAUGGAAGUUCAGAAACAACUUCAUGAACAACUUGAGGUACAAAGAGUCCUUCAGCUGCGUAUAGAGGAACAUGCAAGGUAUUUGCAGAAGAUCUUAGAGGAACAACAGAAAGCUGGCAGUGCGUUGCUUUCUCCCAAAAGUUUGUCAUCUCAAGAUUCUGAGCUGGUACAGCCUUCCUCAUUGGAGGGUGCCCCGCAUGCCCGCUCAUCUGAGUCAAAAACUGACGCGUCAUCACUUUCAAAGAAGAGGGCAUCUGAUAGAAGUGACUUUGAGCAACAAGCAUGCGUUAAAAAGAUGCAUCUAGAAGAGAAGCCAGAAUCAGCCGUGGAAGAGGUUGUGGUCGAAAAUCCUGUGCAAUAAGGAUGGCUUUCUUCAUUGACACUACAACAUCGCCCAUUUCCCGAAUGCGGCAAAAAUUGUGCAGCUCUUGUAGACUUGUGAAUGUCUUGUAAAGUAGUAAUUGAAUUUAGAUUUGCUUGAUUUGUAUCAAUGGGCACAUUUUGUGAAUGUCUUCAACUCAAGAUAUGGUUUGAAGAAAAUCAAGAACUUUAAUAUUUUAGAAUCA